AUGAAUUGCUACGGUGCGACCGUUACGGCGGGACCUUACGGCGAGUCGGGAGGUUCCAGUUGCAUCCUUGAAGGUGCAACGGCUGGACCACAGGAACAAUUCCACAGUAAGCCGCCUCCCGGCAGUGUUUGGUAUGAUGUGCCGCCGGGAUGUCCGUCGAAUAUUGCCGUGCCCAACAAUGAUCUUCCGCUCGGUGCAAACCAAAGCGACCAGAGUGGUAAAGUGAUCGUGCCCAAUUGUGACAAUGUUUCUCCGUCCAUUUCCGAUCCAACCGGUCGCUACUACGUGGCAGGCGGACCCGGUGAGCUUUCCCUCGCGACAGGACACCAUCCGUUUGGCAGUGGUCGAUUAAUGGCGACCGAUCAUCGAUCGCCGCUGAUCUACGAAGGUAGCAACGUGGAGCUUGGGUUCGGUGGGUUAACCAUCGAAGGUGAUGCGACGACAGGACUGAACGGCGCUAUCGCUGCGAAUGUGGACAAAAAAUCGCGACAUGGUGUGAAGGAUCGAUUUUUGAUGAGCAAUCUGCUGCAGUUAAACAGCACAUCCAGCACAUCAGAUGCUGCUGGGGCGAUGGUGCCGACGGAAUCAUCCAUAGCAGUGUCGGCGGAUAAGGAUGAGCUGGAAGACAGUCUGCACAAACCCGACAUGCACAUGCAGUCAAAAUCUUGCUCACUGAAAAAACCACGACGCAAUCGGACCACCUUCACCACCAACCAGCUGACGGCAUUGGAGAAAAUUUUCGAAAAAACACACUAUCCCGACGCGUUCGUGCGAGAGGAACUAGCGAACAAAGUGGGUCUCAGUGAGGCCAGAGUUCAGGUUUGGUUUCAAAACCGACGGGCAAAGUUCCGCCGGAACGAGCGUAGUGCAACAACGGGUAGUGGAAGUAGUGCCAAGGCGGAAGACUUUUUUCAUCCCGGUACCAUUCCUUCGGCAAGCGGGCUUGGGUUUGGUGUAGAAAAGCCAGACACACCGUAUUCGUUGUCGUUUUCUACGUUAAGUUCCAUCUUCUCUCCUGUCGUGUCACAGCUGCAGCACCAUCACCAUCAUACGCAUCAUCCCGCCGGCACAGUCAGGACUGGGCAGUUCUAUGCACCGUACAAACCUGCCCAGCACGAGGAUGCUAGCUUUUGCAGUCAAUCGUAUCAAUUUCCCAGCCUAAAAUACUUAAACAAUUUGCAACAAACUUAA